CAAUAAAAGGGACAUAGUACAUAUAAAGUACAUACAACAGAGAAAAGUUCGUCGGUGAAAUAUCGUUGUUGAUUUCUGCCUGGUCGUGGCGCUGUUUCAAGCAACACAGUAUGCUGACAGCACGACGUCUAUUAUCUGCUCUGCCUCUCGUUAAGAAACGUAUGUAACGUGAUAUUUUUCACGCCAAUCUGCAAAAUGCAAUAACAGAAAUGAACAUGUCAAACGAACUAUCAAAUGAAACAUACACUAUAGGAGCGUUGAGUAACAGGAAUAAUAGAAAUUAAUAUAGAUAUAUAACGACACUGUAACUAGAGUAGGCACUCCCAAGACUGGAAGCAAUGCUACGUCAAUGUUAUUUCCGGCAAUGGGGACAAGGGUGAUGUAAUUUUUCAAAGCGUUCAAAAUUAAAGAAUUUUAGCUAGACUGAUUUGACACUCGAUUUGAAGUGAUUUAUCACGUGAUAAAAAGGCUUGACGGGAAGGAAAAGGGAAAUCGAGGGAUGCAUGUACAUGUACAUGCAGCCAUAUGAGUCAUAUAUGCUUGAUUCGUGUCUGAAUAUAGACGUGAUAAUAUUGUGGAAGUAGCAGAGUUACUAUUAAUUUAUGAAAUCAGUUGAUUAUUUGAACAUUGAUUUGCGCGAAUAAAUAAACAUGAACGAAAGCGUUGAUGAAACAGUGUCAAUGGACGCAUUGAUACCUAGUAAACUAGAGCAGUUGCGGAUAAGUGUGAUCACAAAUGACUUGGACAAACUGAAGUCCAUUUUAAGAUCACCUUGUAUUGACAUUAACAUGCACAUUGAUGGUAGGACGAUUUUGUUCUAUUCAGUCAUGUAUGGUAACAACCGAAUGCUAUACAAGCUCAUAAAGUAUGGGGCAGACGUGAACACACAAAGCGUAGCUGGCCUGACGUGUCUCAUGAAAGCUACCAUGGAUAGGAACCUAGAAGUGGUGAAAAUGCUGAUUCUAUGUGGUAGUGAUCUAAACAUACAAAGCGCCGAAGGGGCAACAGCCCUACAUCACGCAUGCGAUGUUAGCUCACCCGAGAUUGUUGAUACGCUGUUAAUGGCAGGAGUUGAUCGAAAUAUUCAACAACAUGAUGGGAAAACAGCGCUUCAUAUUGCGUGUACUAAAAACUUGCUCAAAAUCGUUCAAUUGCUGCUGUUCUCGAAAAUGAAUUUGAACUACAGAGAUGAAAUAUCCGACCGAUUUUCGUUUAACAUUGGUUCACGCUCUAAAACUGUUAACCAAAUGGCGCUACUUGUGAAAGAACGAAGAGUAGACUGGAAACUCAGGAAACUAGCUCUCGAUGUCGGGGUACCCCACAAAAUGCUCAAAACCGACAAUGUAGAGAUGAAUGGGAGUUUUUGCUCACUGAAUAUAAAAGAUUUCACGGGGAGUACCGUGCUUCACGCGUGCUUUGACGACGUGCAUUUUGAUAUUAAUACGCGCUCUCACUCGAAAGCCCUUGAUAUUAAUUUUGAUAUCCCCAAGAUUCUAAUAUCCGAGGGAGUCGACUGCUGCGCAAAGAAUGAAAAAGGAGACACUGCGUUGGCGUUGGCCAUUAAUAUGUUUUAUAAAGGUGUUGAUGCAAUCAUUGAAGUCAUACAUCUUUUGAUUAAGAAAAUGCCCGCUAAAGAAAUACAAGGUGCUUUAUUCGUUGCUUGCAGUGAUAACAAUUGUAAACUAUUUGAAGAGUUGGUUAACAAGGGUGUCGAUCUUAACAAACCUGGUGGUAGUCAUAUGAUAUCUCCUUUGUUACAUGCCCUAAAUACACCUGACAAUCUCAAAUACACGGCCAUUCAGUUGUUAAACAAUGGUGCUACGAUUGCCCCCGGGGAAAUCGACAGCGUUCUGAGAUAUCUCUGUGAUCGCCGAAGUCGUAAACUCACAGCGAUGAUUCUGGCAUCCGGUGUCAGCUUUUCUCCAGAGAAAUUUCACCAACAGAAGAAUCUUGCUAUGACUCAAUCGCUUGGAUUCUUUGAGUGGUUGGAAAGUAUGAUUCAAAACCCCACGAGCUUGCAGCAGUGUUGCAGGUCCAGUAUCGGUGCUACAUUUAGAGGUGCUUCGGCAGGUGGAAGCAUCCUACCAAAAUUGAAAGCAGUACAUUUGCCCACCAAACUCAAGGACUACAUUAGUCUUAAACAAUUGUGGUCCAAACAAGGAUACUAUUUUUUGAUGAUACUUACCCUCACCUGCUAACCAUUGAUCCCAUGGGCGCCAUGGUCAGAGCAA